CUCAAACCACACUCGUAUCUCUUUUGGGGAAUAAAUCGAAUGUGUCUACUGUGCUUAGAUUUGUGUUUAUUUCCCCCAAAUUUGGGUACGAUGGCGUCUGUUGAACAGAACAAAAACUCUCUAUAUCUGGUCGUCUUCUCAAUACACAAUAAAAAGGAAUAUCUCCUGAAAAAAAUUGGAGUUUCUUAACGUCGCCGUUAUAUAGUUGUCCACUUGGUGGCAGUAUAUAGCCAAUCCACCAGCGAGCAAAAAGCGUAAACAACUUUGUUUAGCUCAGGCUUGUGUCUCGUCAUUGGAAUUUUGAGUUUCUCUCGUAAACAAAUGUGCACAGCAAUCAUCGACUUGACCCAUGGUGAAAGCAAAACUUUCUAGACAUGAAUUCUUAAAGCGUUUUCUUUUGUUUUGUUUUGAAAAGUCUGCAAUAUUUUUUUACAUGUGUUUUCGUGAUUCAGAGACACGUUUGAUGAAAGUAUCAACCUGGUUGUGUUUAAUCACAAGCCACAAGUUGUGGCGUAAACAGCCUUGCUCUGCAGUGAAACUGUUGUUGCUCAGUGAGCUGUCUUCUAGGAACUCGACCAUAAGUCAUCACAGACUGUUUUCUUCAGUGCUUCCUCCACACCCAGCCUACAUGUUUACGACGCUGCCUUCAAGACGUGUAGGGAAAAAGUCCCAAUGUGUGUUUGUUGAAGCUGGAAUUUUGCUAGAGUCGCCUUGUGAUCUGAUCGUCUUAUGAAGAGAAAUUUAUUUCGCUUUUGUUUCAGUUCAUGACUAAAGGGUUUUGUAAAUCACAUGAGAUGGUGAUGAUGAUGGAACUUUGCUGUGUCCACAGAGGAAUAGAUUGGUUAACUAUCACUUGAACGCCGAACAUAUCGAACGUAUCGUUCAAACAAAUCUGGUCUCUCACGCCUUGGGUGCUGUUUAAAAGCUUAUCAGCUCGAGUCACGGUGCUGUGAGAUUUCGCACGUUUGCAAUUGGAGUGACGCUGAACAUAAUGAAACGGAGGGUUAAUGAUCAACCAAUUGUUUUCAUGACUGGCGUGUUAUAAUCAGCAAAAAAUGUUUUAAAAGUUAUCCAAGUUUUAAAUCACCUAAAAAAAUCACUUGCAAAAUGUUAAUACUCCAUUUCUACUUCUUAGCACUUCCUAGUUGAAUCGCCGUGGAUUUGAGCAACAAUUAAAUCCCCGCAAUUAAAGUUUUAAUCGUGCAGCUCCUAGUUUAUUUUUAUUGUCGAACAGUCUAUGUCCACGAUCAGAAAGCUUCCGCGGGCUUGUUUUGUCGGUGAACUGGGCAAGUCGGAGCCGAACAGGAGCGCCUGAACGCAGCAGCGCCUCUCAUGAGACAUUACAUAAUGGUGACAGGCCCCGCCCCUUUUGAAAACUGCAAAUAGGGCCGCCGUCAAACGUGAACAAUAGUCAAGUGCCUUGUAAGUCAGCGAAAGAAACCAGGAUUGAACUGUCAGAGGAUUUGGACGCGCAGCUGUCAUGAUUUUUGAUAAGUUGAAAAAGUUGGACAUCACGUUCGACUCUCCGGAGCUCGACUGCCCUCCGGUGUUCAGCAGCGGGGAUGUGGUGUCCGGCCGAGUGGUGCUGGAGCUGACGGGGGAGAGUCGGGUGGACUCGCUCAAGCUCCACGCCGAGGGCAUCGCCAAAGUGCAUUGGACCGAGUCCCGGUCCGCAGGCUCCAGCACAGCUUACACACAGAACUACAGCGAUGAAGUGGAGUACUUGAACCGGAGAGAGGUGCUGCUGCAGGCAGACAACGGUGAAGUGACUGUUCUUCCUGCCGGCCGACAUGAAUUUCCCUUCAGCUUUCAGCUUCCAGAGGAGACACUGGUCACCUCCUUUGAGGGGAAACACGGCAGCAUUCGCUAUUGGGUCAAAGUCAAGCUCCACAGGCCGUGGUCCACAGUCCGGAAGAUCAAGAAAGAGUUCACUGUCAUCGAGCCGAUUGACGUCAACACACCAGCUCUUCUUGCGCCACAGGCUGGAACCAAAGAUAAGACAGCGCGGACGUGGUACCGCAACUUUGGACAGGUUUCUGUCACCGCAAAGAUUGACCGCAAGGGUUACACACCAGGUGAUGUGAUCGCCGUCUUCGCAGAGUUCGACAAUUCUACCUCCAGAUCAAUUGUGCCCAAAGCAUUCAUCACACAGACUCAAACGUUCAUCGCCCGUGGCACCAUGAAGCAGAAGUGUUCAGUGGUGGCCACGCUGUGUGGCGACAUUGUGGGCACCAGAUGCAGAGAGACGUGGCACGGCCGAGCCAUCAAGAUCCCCCCUGUCGGUCCAUCCAUCCUGCAGUGCCGCAUCAUCAAAGUGGAGUAUAUGCUGAAGGUCUGUGUUGACGUGCCAGGGACUUCCAAGCUUUGUCUGGAGCUGCCUCUGGUCAUUGGUACCAUCCCUUUGCAUCCGUUCGGGAGCAGGACAUCCAGCGUCAGUAGCCAGUAUAGCGUCAAUCUGGAAUGGCUGCGCAUGGCUAUCCCAGAGCAGCCUGAGCCUCCUCCUGAAUACAGCGCUGUGGUGACAGAGGAGGAGGCAGACCAGUGCAGCAACACAGUGGUGCCUCAGCCUGCCGAAGACCUGAACAGGAUCCUCGAGUGUCCCCUCAUGGCAUUUGUACAAGAGUUUCGCUUCCGGCCUCCUCCAGUCUACUGCGAGAUCGACCCAAACCCUCAGACCACCACCAUGAGACCUCGCUGCAUGACGUAUUGAACCAGUAGCCAAGCUACUUGCAUUAACCUAAUAAGUCAAAGAGAUUUGUUGUCUCCUGGAUCACUUCUCUUUCGGGAUAAUCGUCUCCUGGUCCUGCUCAGUGUUCCCUAGAUGCAGCACCCCGAGAGAGAGUGAGAGGCAUGGGCGAGCAGGAGCUCGAAGUCCUUGUUUCCUAAAAUGAAGUGGAUGCUUUUCCUGUCAGAAGGGAAGCAACUUCAUCUGUGCCCAGCCUUCCCUGAUUUUUCCUCAGCUCCUGAUGAAACUGACCAGGAUCAGACCAGGAAGAGUUGAUGGAAAGUUGCCGUAGCUGUAACGUCUUUGGAGGAGGGUGGCGCUUUUGAUGACGGUUCUGGUCGUCUUACAGUAGAGAUGCACAGAUGUCUGCGUGGCGUCUGUAGUUUCACGCAGCAACGUGUGUUCUGGCAACCGUUUGUUCAACAGCAGUGUGCCUUUGGAUGAUUUGUGCUGAAGCACAUACUGUAACUGAAAAGUUGUAUAAGCAGUUUUACGUAUGUUAUGCAUGCAGCUGAACGAAAUGUGAAAGGGAAGACACUUAUGCUUUAAUUAUAUACUUUUAUUGCAUUGUAAGAUUACUUCAGUUGUGUUAUGAAGCCUAGAACAAAAAAAAAACUAUGUUGACAAGUACAGGUUGUGAUGAACGCAGUGCUGUUUGGAUAUGAUUUGUUGAGAAAGCCACAUGAGGCUCUGAGGUUAGCACCCAGCUGCCAAACAAAAAGAGCCAUGUGGUCUGGAGAGGUUUUGAUGAGAGCCAGAUGCCUUGGUGGCGAGAGGCCACAGCAACACACUGCUCAGCAUUCAACUGAAGUUGCAGCAAAGGGUGCAUGGACAAAGAACAUUCCAAAAAACAGUCUUGGGGCUCUGCUCACCCCACAACUGCCAAACUGCCACAAAAAAAGCAUUCAGGGUCAGCUGGGUGACGGCUGCAGUGUCACACACUGAAAAACAGAAUGUAUUGUUUUUUUUUUUGUUUUUGUUUGAACUCAAAUGCAAUAUUCCAGCCAGUUUUCUACUUCUUUUUUUAAUAAAAUGUUGUGAAUGUAUGUCC